UUUGCAGUAAUGGAACAACUGCAGGAUCCGGUUGCGCAAGAAGAUGCAAAUAUUAAAGCCAUUAAUGAAGAGUACAGGAAGGCCUUUAUUUUUAUCAAUAAAGGACUGAAUACAGAUGAACUGGGUCAGAGGGAAGAGGCAAGAAGAUACUAUGAGCAAGGGCUUGACCACCUGCUCCGAGGAGUUAGCAUUCCAUCAGAGGGUCCUGCAUGUGUAGGGUCCCAGUGGGACUCUGCCAGGCAAAUGCAACAGAAGAUGAGGGAGACACUGCAAAAUGUUCGUGCUCGACUCAGCAGUCUAGAGCAAAACACCCAAGCAUCUCCUGCUCUGAUGGAUACCCCUCCUGGGGUACCCAAGUUAUACCCCUCCAUUCCUUCCAAAGAAAAGCCAGAAAGACCCCCUCCCCCUAAUUCUCUGUUUGUACCAAGUCAGCUGCCGCCAGCAGGUGGAAGUGUUGCAGCUGUGAGUCAAGGGCAAUUUCCAGCUAUGAGUCCGUCCUCUGCAAAACCUCUUUGUGUGCCAAAUGAGGCACCUCCUGCCUACACUCCUCAAGCUACCAAUGGCCACUUCACUGUGUCCUAUGGCACAGACUCCGGGGAGUUUUCUUCUGUCAGUGAGGACUACUACAACAACAAAUGUACUCAGCCACCUCCCCUGGAAAACCUGGGAGUGGAUGCAGAUGAGCUGAUCUUGAUUCCCCAAGGAGUACAGAUAUUUUUUGUGACUCCUGAUGGGCAGGUUAGUGCUCCUUCAUAUCCUGGAUAUCUGCGCAUCGUGAAGUUCUUGGAUACGGAUAGUGAAGCUGCUCGGAAUCGUCCACCGGCAUUUCUUCAGGUUUGUGACUGGUUGUAUCCUCUGAUGUGUACCCAGUCUCCUGUGCUGUGCUGCAGUACUGGGGUCUACAUGUUCCCUGACACAAUGUCCCAGAUACCAGGGUCCUACGUGGGAGUAGUGCUGUCUUCAGAACUUCCAGCAGCUGACAGAGAACUGUUUGAGGAUCUCUUGAAACAGAUGUCUGACCUACGUAUCCAGGUGCCAGGAUCCCAUGAGAGAGUAGGGUUACCUUCAGAGCUCCCAGCAGCUAAGAGAGCACAUUUUGAAGAUAAAUUUAAACAGAGGUCUGGCCACAAAGUCCAGCCUUCUGACGCCUCUAGUGAUGCAGUUCACUUGCCUCAGACUGUACAUAUCCAGCCACAACCUGAAGAAGCAGAAGAACAGAAAGAGUUACCAGAAUGGAGUGAGAAAGUUGCCCAUGGAAUCUUGUCAGGUGCAUCUUGGGUAAGCUGGGGCCUAAUGAAAGGAGCAGAAUACACGGGUAAAGCUAUUCACAAAGGAGCUUCUAAACUGCGAGAGCACAUUCAACCAGAAGAAAAGCCUGUGGAAGUCAACCCAACUGUAGCAAAGGGACUUCACGUAGCAAAACAGGCUACUGGAGGAGCUGUGAAAGUCAGCCAAUUCUUAGUUGAAGGGGUGUGUUCUAUAGCGAGCUGUGUGGGAAAGGAGCUGGCUCCACACGUGAAGAAGCAUGGCAGCAAAUUAGUUCCAGAAUCCCUAAAGAAGGAUAAAGAUGGCAAAUCUACUUUUGAUGGUGCUCUGGUAGUAGCAGCAAGUGGAGUUCAAGGGUUUUCAACAGUGUGGCAAGGCUUAGAAAGUGCAGCAAAGUGCAUUGCUAAAAGUGUUUCAACUGAGACUGUAAAAACGGUCAAAUACAAAUACAAAUAUAGGAAAUAUGGAGAUCAGCAGACAACAGACACUAAGAGUGAAAAACAAUAAGUAACUACCUGUUGCAGCUAACUCUAAAGUAUGGAGAGGACGCUGGUCAUGCUACAGACAACGCUAUGAAUUCUGCAAUCAAUGUUGGUGUUACAGCAUUUAACAUUGAAAAUAUUGGUAUCAAAUCUGUUGUAAAGAAAACUGCCAAAGAAACUGGCCAUGCUGUGCUAGAUGAAUAUAAGGUAUUAGAUAAUGAGAAGAAGGGUAAAAAAUGAAAGCAAUUAAAUACUUCUCAAAGCCUUACAUUAGAGAUAAAACUUCCUAUUUAGAAGUAACUACAUUGCUCAUCUGACACUGAACAUAAGUCACACUGUACUUUUCAAGCAACUGUUACUUAAUUUGACAGGAAAAUGUAAAAGUAGGAAGAGCAUUUGUAGGAGGAAAAAUGAAAGUUGUCACCUCCUCGUUCUGUGCUGAACAAGGGUUUUAAACAACUCGAUCAGGGCUUCAGGCAACUGGAAGGAUAUGAGUUUGCAGUUCAUAUACUUGCCUCUUUAAGCACUUUUUCAAAAUAAUAUAUGGAAUAAUAGAUUAAUAUAGAAAUAAUAUUGUGAAUAUUUUUGUAACACUUUAUAUUUAUAAAGGAGGUGGUGAUACAGAAAGAGUAGUAUUACUAAUUCUGGAACAAGUAAAAUUACCAGUUUUGGCUUUAUAACUAUCCUUAAGAAUUAGUUUUACUAAUCAAGCCUUGUCUUACUUAAUAUGCACUACUAAAAUAAGCAUUGUGUUUCAUUGUUUUGUAGAGCAUUUCUCUUUUCACCUACAAAAUAGGUGAUCUUAUCCAAAGUUCAUGUUAGGAGAAAUGAAAGGUGAUCUUCAGGUAAUUAGGUAGUCUUUCAUUUUAGAUUUUUUUUCUUUCUCAUACAACAUAUAAGUAAACCAAAGAUACCAACCAUUUCUAAAAGAGGGUAUUUACAUGUCUAGAAAAAUUUAUUUUCCAGUUGACUCCAUAAGGAAUAUACACAGAUUCUUUGAAAUUCAGGUUUUUAUGUACAGAGGAAAGUAUGGUUUUGCAUAAAUCAAAGUAUUUUUCUGUGAAAAUAUUAGAGAGCAUUAGGAAAUUCUAUGCAUUCUGUACUUUUCAGCUGAUCCAGAAAGAUUCAGAUUAUAUAUCACAACCUCCUAAUGGAAGACUUUUAGUGUUUGAACAAAUAGUUCUAAUGGUCUUCAUCUUUAUUCCAUUAAAUUCAUAGUUGCACAAGGGUGUGAAGUGUUUAAACAGACUAUGAAGACAAACCCUUUUAUUGAAGAGUUGUGUAGAAUAGACACUACUGUGUAGAUUUGUCAUUCUGUUUGUAGCAAAGUGUAAAUAAGAUAUUAAGAUAUUAGAUCCUUGAGAUGCUUUGACACUGCUACUUAUUUAACACUUUACUACUGAGUUUUGAAGAUGCUGCACAUUCAAAUAUUGUCUGAACGUGCAACAGACAGAAUGUGAACAACUUAAGCUUAUCUCCGUUUCAUGUAGAUGGAGAAAAUAACUAUAAAUUAUUUUUGGCAAUUGAUAUUUGUAGAAGAUUGAAAAAACAGAGUAACAACUACACUCUGUUAGAAUGGUAAUAGGUGCAUAUUUUGUGGUAGCUACUGCAGGUGUGUGCUUUGGUUGAGAAACAUGAAAAAAAGGCUCUAACCACUUGAAGUGUAACUUUGAUUUAUGGAAAUAAAGAUAAAAUCUGUGCUUGACCUUUUUA